CCAGCUAGAAAAUUAGUUGAUUUUGAUACUGACACUCGUAAUUUUUCACUUCCUCCAUUAAACUCUCACGAGAAAGAAAAUAGAAAAGUUUUCAUUUCCAUUACUAUAAAACACAUCAAAAACGUUGUUCUUCGCUUCUUUCAUUCUUCUUCAUAUUUUCCGAUGAAGAUUUCUACAUUUUGUCUGGUUCUUCUCUGCUUUUUUCAAUCAGCGCGAGCAAUUUUAGAUCCUGUUGAUUUCUUAGCAUUACAAUCUAUCCGAAGAUCGCUUCACGAUGUUCCUGGUUCGAAUUUCUUUUCAUCUUGGGACUUUACCGGCGAUCCAUGCAACUUCGCCGGAGUUUAUUGCCUUUCUGAUAAAGUCUUUGCACUCAAUCUCGGCGAAACUAGAGCCGGUUCGCCUGGUCUCACUGGAAAAAUUGAUAUCGCCAUUGGUAAACUCUCUGCUCUCGCUGAUUUAACUGUUUCUCCCGGUAGAAUUUACGGCCAUCUUCCUCAGUCAAUUUCGCAGUUGAAGAAUCUCAAGUUUCUCGGUAUUAGUCGGAAUUUCAUCUCCGGUGAGAUUCCGGCGGGGCUUGGUCAGCUGCACAAGCUGAGAACAAUUGAUUUAAGCUACAACCAGUUAACCGGAACUAUUCCUCCGUCAAUCGGAAAAUUGCCGGCACUAAACAACUUGAUCCUCCGUCAUAACCGUCUCACCGGUUCAGUUCCGUCAUUCGCAUCGGCUCAAAACUUAAACCGGCUCGAUCUAAAUCACAACUCUCUCACCGGUUCACUUGCUCCUGAUUCUCUACCUUCUUCACUACAAUAUCUCUCUCUAGCAUGGAACCAGCUUACCGGGAAUGUAGAUCGGGUUUUAUACCGGUUAAACCGCCUCAACUAUCUCGAUCUAAGCUUAAACCGGUUCACCGGUCCAAUCCCAGCUCAACUAUUCUCAUUCCCGCUAACAAACUUACAGUUAGAAAGAAACCAAUUAUGCGGUCCGGUUGAACCGUUUAACGAAGUUACAAUCCAAACCGUUGAUCUUAGUUUCAACAAGUUAUCAGGUGAAAUAUCACCUUUAUUAGCGAGUGUGCAAAAUUUGUAUCUAAACAACAACGGUUUCACCGGUGAAGUUCCCGGUAGUUUUGUAGAACGGUUAUUGGCGGCGAAUAUACAGAUUUUGUAUUUGCAACAUAAUUAUCUUACCGGAAUUGUGAUUAAUCCAACGGCGGAGAUUCCGUUGAGUAGUUCACUUUGUUUACAGUAUAACUGCAUGGUUCCUCCUGUUCAAAUGACGUGUCCUUCUAAAGCUGGUUACCAGAAAAUCAGACCUGCUAGGGAGUGCAACCAACAUCAUUGAAAAUCUUAUACGGUUAUAUAAUAUUCAAGUUUGUUUUUUUUUGA